AUGAUCGACGCGAUUUUCCUGACUUUGUCAGCUUGCUGUGGGCUGUGCAUCAUGCUUGACACCGAUAUGGAGUACGAAAGUACGCUGGUGCAGAAAGGAAGAGUCGUGCACAGGGGUGGCGCUGUGAGGGACGAGCGCGGCUGGAAGGCCGGAGGGGCUGAAACUGGAAGGCUGGAAGGCUGGAAGGCUGGAAGGUUGGAAGGCCAUCGGAACCUGCCGCAGUCUGUCUUGCAGCAGCUUGCGGCCGCGAGGUCGCACUUGGACCAUGUCGUCAAGCCGUUGGAGGACUUGGGCUUCGAGGUGGACGUCUAUGGCGCGACCUAUCCGAGCCCGUACAUCCCAGAGCUCGAGGCGCAGUAUGGAGCGAGCUUGAGACAGCGCUUCUCGAUCCUCGAGCUGCCAGGAUCACAGCUUGGAGGUGUUGCCUCGGCCUUGGCAGCUGUACCCAGUUCUCUGUGCGUCCAUUGGAUACUGAUUCUACGCUUCGACCUGGAGCUGAAGCGUUCCUUGGUUCCAUCGCUGCAGCAGGCCUGGCAACGUGGCCAGGAGUUUCUCGGUCCCUUCUGGUGCGAGUUCGGAUCGGGCAACUUCUCAGAUGUAGGUGGCCCUCUCUGUGUUUCUGACGUUUUGCAGGUCUUUCCCGGAAGUUGGCGCGACACCUUUGCCGAGCUGAUCCGCCUCUACAUUACCCUGGAUGAUCUGGCACGGAUGUUCAUCCAACUGUUGCAACUGACUUGCUUGGAUGAGACCCCGCCUCACUUGGUCAUCCCCGUUGGCCUUUGCCGGGACUUGCUUAUGGUUCGCAACGAGGACUUACUUCCUUUCGAGUGUGACGCCUGCGGCAAAGCCUACUGUUCUCACCAUUUCAGCUAUGAAGCCCAUGAUUGUCCCAAGGGGCGACAGGCCACGGACCGUCGCGUGAUAGUCUGUCCUCUUUGCUCUUUGGCGAUUCCCUUGGCGCAUGGCGAAGACGAGAACGAAGUUUGGGAGCGGAAACAACAUGGCAACAACCUCUUGCAGCAGUUUGCUCAGCUUGUCAAAGUGAGCUGA